AGGCAGCGCGGCGGAGGCGCCGUGUGGCGGGGGCCUGGCGUGCCUUGGCGCAGGCGCGGUGCCGGCGAGCGGCGUGCCACCAUGCCGACUGUCAGCGUGAAGCGGGACCUGCUGUUUCAGGCGCUGGGCAGGACUUACACUGAUGAAGAAUUUAAUGAGCUUUGCUUUGAGUUUGGUUUGGAGCUUGAUGAAAUUACAUCUGAGAAAGACAUUAUAAGUAAAGAAAAAGGUGAAGACAGGGCAAAGGGUGCAUCUGAUGCUGUUCUCUAUAAAAUUGAUGUUCCUGCCAACCGUUAUGAUCUUCUUUGCCUCGAAGGAUUGGUCCGAGGACUGCAGGUCUUUAAAGAAAGGAUAAGUCUCCCUAGAUAUGAAAAGAUAAUACCAGCUGAAGGUGAAGGUCAGAAGCUGAUUAUCACUGAAAAGACUGGCCAAGUCCGUCCUCAUGCUGUAGCUGCAGUCCUUCGUGACAUAACUUUUACCAAGGAACGUUAUGAUAGUUUCAUUGACCUCCAAGAAAAACUACACCAAAAUAUUUGCAGGAGAAGAGCAUUAGUAGCAAUAGGUACCCAUGACUUGGACACUGUCUCUGGUCCAUUUACUUACACAGCUAAAGCACCUUCUGAAAUUAAAUUCAAGCCCUUGAAUCAAUCUCAGGAGUACACAGCUUCACAGAUUAUGGAUCUCUAUCGGAGUGACAGCCACCUUCGGCACUAUUUACACCUAAUUGAAAACAAGCCACUUUAUCCUGUCAUUUAUGACAGCAGCGGUGUUGUUCUGUCCAUGCCACCAAUCAUCAACGGAGAUCAUACAAAAAUAACCGUAAACACAAAAAAUGUGUUUAUUGAAUGUACAGGCACAGAUAUCACAAAGGCAAAAAUUGUUCUUGAUAUUAUAGUCACGAUGUUUAGUGAAUAUUGUGAGAAGCCAUUCAGUGUUGAAGCAGUAGAAGUCAUUUAUCCUAAUGGGAAGACCUGCAUCUGUCCGGAACUGGCUUACCGAAAAGAGAAGGUGAAACCUGAGCUCAUUAACAAGAAAAUAGGAAUCAGUGAAACUCCAUCAAGCCUUGCAAAGCUGCUGACUAGGAUGUGUUUGAAGUCACACGUCAUAGGGAAUGGGAACAAUAUAGAGAUUGAAAUCCCUCCUACCAGAGCGGACAUUAUCCAUGCAUGUGAUAUCGUAGAAGAUGCAGCAAUAGCUUAUGGUUAUAACAACAUUCAGAUGGCUAUUCCGAAAACGUACACCAUAGCUAAUCAACUCCCCCUCAAUAAGCUCACUGAACUUCUGAGACUGGACUUGGCAGCUGCUGGAUUCACUGAAGCGCUCACUUUUGCCCUGUGUUCCCAAGAGGACGUUGCAGAUAAACUUGGCAUGGAUAUCUCUGCAACAAAAGCUGUGCGCAUAGCAAACCCCAAAACUGCAGAAUUUCAGGUGGCACGUACAACCCUUCUUCCUGGGCUGCUGAAAACUAUUGCUGCUAACCGAAAGAUGCCGUUGCCUCUCAAGCUCUUUGAGAUUUCUGACGUUGUAGUGAAAGAUCCUAAUACAGAUGUAGGUGCAAGAAACUACAGGCAUUUCUGUGCUGUUUAUUACAACAAGAGCCCGGGCUUUGAAAUUAUCCACGGUCUGCUGGACAGGGUCAUGCAGCUCCUCGAAGUUCCACCAAAUGAAGAGAAUGGCUACACCAUCAAGGCAGCUGAAGGCUCUGCUUUCUUUCCUGGUCGCUGUGCUGAGGUCUUUGCCAAAGGUCAAAGCAUUGGGAAACUUGGAGUCCUACACCCCGAUGUUAUCACCAAGUUUGAGCUCACCAUGCCUUGCUCUGCCGUAGAGAUCAAUAUUGAGCCCUUCGUGUGAAGACAGGACUUUUAUCCUCCUACAGCCAUCCACUGUCACAUGCAGUACCCUCUGCUCUUUUGUCUUCCUCUGCGGGGGACAUCCGCUUGUGCUUUUAUGUUCCAAUAAACUAGAAAAACAGA